AUGACCAAGUUUGUCAAUCUCAUCGCUAUCACGGCCGCUGCCACAGCUGCCGCUGCUGAAAAGGUUCCUGUGUAUUACCUUAUUCGCCACGCGGAAAAGAAUGCAGACGGGACAGUAUCCGUACAGGGCCAGCAACGCGAGCAGUGCCUGGUGAAGCUCUUUGGCAAGAGCAGCAAAUACAACAUCCAGCACAUCAUGGUGCAGACGCCGUAUCCGGGAGAUACUGCCGAAGACCACACCACCCAGCGUCCAUACAACACCACGCUGCCGCUGGCCGAGUCGCUGGGCAUCACUAUUGACCAUCCUUGCAAUUAUACUGAUACGUCGUGCGCUGGUCAGGCGGCUUUGAACUACGCUGGUCCAGGCAAUGUGCUCAUCGCCUGGGAGCAUGUACACCUGCCGGCUGUCUCGAAAGCCAUCGGCGGCCAGGACGUGCCGAGUUACCCUGACUCGCACUUUGACCUCAUAUAUAACCAGCCACUGCCGUACACAAAGGUAACAGUUACAUCUGAAGAUUGCGCUGCCAUUGGUGCGGCCAGCAUGACCGGUUCAAGUACAACCAGUGCGACCAGCACAACCGCUACGGCCAGCUCAGCCAACGUCGCAUGGCAGGCAAAUACACCAAAAUGGACUUGUGGCAUUGUUGCCGCGGGUAUCGCGGCGCUGAUUUCUUUGUAA